AUGGCCACGCAGACACAGACACAGACACAGAUACAGACACUGCUGCCACAGCAGACACAGACAUCGACACUCUGCCACCCGCAUAGUAUUGGCAUCCAGCUGCAGCACAAGGGCAUGCCCCACGGUCUGGGGCUGCUCACCACAGUGGCCUCGCUGCCCCCGAAGUACCGCAGUCGCUAUCUGAAUCUGAAAAGCAAGUGUGAAAUUCCGCUGGAUCUCUCGGUGAAGCCGCCAACACCCACAAUGGAGCUGCACGAGGAGGCGCUGCAGGAGGAGGUGCUGCAUCCAAUUAGCGACGGAACGGAUGUUCCGAUGGCCACCGCAUUCGCUGAGGUUUACAGCAGCGAGGCCGUGGAAAAGGAGGUGCCAAAGGAGCAGCAGCGGGAGAUGGAGGAGCAGACCACCAUCACCCCACCGCAGAGUCCUGGUCCGCUGUUGAAGCGUAAAUUGAGCGCCACAGAGGAUGAUGGCCAACAUGCCGCAAAGCUUCCCAGAAAAAACAUCGACGAAGAGGAGGAGCUGCCCUCAACGAGCAGGGCGGGGGCCCUCGUGGAGGCCACACCUGCCAAACCCAUCAAAGUCUCGGACACGGCGCCCAGAACCACCAAAGCAUCGACAUCGGGCAAGUCCUCGUCGCGGAACAAGGCCACGCGGAAGCUGAAAUUCGAUGAAGAGACAUCGUCCCCCGUUUCGGGUACCAUCAUACGACCCCUGGAGGACAUCACCGACGGGACGAUGCAGUACAGCAACGGGGACAUUGAUCCCAAGUACAACAUCGUGGAGAUCACCGAGGAGACGAAGGCAGAGCUGGCGGCCAUCAAGAAUGUCAUCGGGGACUAUGUCUGCCGCUUGUGUCGCAUCAAGUUCGAGGAUGCCUUCGGGCUGGCGCGGCAUCGGUGUGCCUGCAUUGUGCUGCUGGAGUACCGCUGCCCCGAGUGUGGCAAGCAGUUCAAUUGCCCCGCGAAUCUGGCCUCACAUCGGCGGUGGCACAAGCCCAAGAAGGAGGCGGCGGGCGUGAAGAAGGAGAACCAGCAGCCAGCCGCAUCGGCAUCGGCGGCAGCGAAAGGAGGCGCCAUCAAGAAGGCUGUUGUGGCUGAGGAGACUGCCACUGGCGGCGGCUAUGAUUGCUCCGAUUGCGGCAAGAAGUUCAAGCGUGCGGCGUAUCUCAGGAAGCAUCAGCUGACGCACGCCAAGAAGGGAGCGGCAGCAGCAGCAGAGUCCGCCAAGGAGAUGCCGCGGACCACCAUCAGGGCGGUGUUCAAGGCCACGCCGUACAGCGGAGCCUCCUCCUCCAGCGUGGCCUCCUCCUCCUCCGCCAGCAGCACGCACUCGCACUCGACGCACGAGGAUGAGGGCGUGUACGUUGUGGCCCCCACCGCAAACGGCACCAGAGCCACCGCCACAGCCGCCAGGAGCACCACCAGCAGCCACUACGAGGUCGACUACGAUGCCGACUACAUGUCCGACAGCAGCUCCUCGGCCUCCUCGGCGGGCUAUGGCCGCCUGCAGAUCGUGGAGCACGGCCUCACGGAGGAGGAGAGCAUUGCGGCGGCGGCACUCACGAAUCUAAGGAACUGCGCCUCCGUCAUCCAGCACACAACGAUGGCGCACUAA